AUGCAAAUGCUUGAACUCAUCAUCUGUUAUCGUAAACAUCUGAUUGCUGAUCAAAUUUAUGAGAUCAGAUUAACUGAUAAUACACUAACAUUGACAAAUGUAAAUCUCCAUCUAAUUCUCUCUAUAGCCCAAGAGACCUGAUACUCCUAAAUACAUCUUUCCAUUAAAUUGGUCCUCUGAGAUAAGUUGGUAAUUAACAUCUAAAGAAAAUGCUUUUGGCUUUUAUACAUAACCAAAAAAAUUUAAAUGGUUUCAUGCUAAACAAAGUGACUUACUAAUUUUAAAGAAGAUUCUUUCCAAAUUUGUUUCUUUCACUAAAGUAUAAGACUUUUAUGAAGCCACAGAACAUUUGGCAAGCGGAAGCAGCAGUCAGGUUUAUUAAGUUGUUAGAAAGAGUGAUAAAAAUAAUAAUUUUGUCACAAAAUGUAUUACUAAAGAGACAAUUUAGAACUCGGUUGAAAAAAUGGUACAGCUGAAGUGUUUAUAAAUUAGAAUGGACUAUUCGAUGAAUUAAAUAUCCUUAAACAGUUAAAUCAUCCAAAUCUUCCUCGAUUCGAAGAGUUCUAUGUUGGGGAUGGAACCUACUAUAUAGUUUUGGAGUAUUGCCAAGGGCAAAGUUUAAAUUCAUACUUAAAAGAAUUAAGACAUUAAUUAAAUGUAAGAAUCAUUUAGAGUAUACUUUGGGAAUUGCUCUAGGGUAUUGCAUAUUUACAUUCUCUAAAUAUAAUGCAUCGCGAUAUAAAACCAGAGAAUAUUAUAUUAAAUAUUUAAGAAAAAAAAAUAGAUUUGAAGAUUGUCGAUUUUGGUCUUUCUGUAAAGCUUGAACCCAAUAAAGAACUUAAAAAAUGUGGAACUCCAGGAUUUGUGGCUCCAGAAAUUAUUAAUUUAAAGAAUGGAAAAUAUGGAUUAGAAAGUGAUAUUUUUUCAGUUGGAUGUGUAUUCUAUAAAUUGUAAAUUCAAUUUUAAUUUUAUAAGAUUAUUGAGAAAAGAUUUGUUUUAAGGAGAAACUUAAAAUGAAAUAUUAUCAGCGAAUAGAAGAUGUUAAUUAAAUAUUUAUAACUUAUAACUUAUCCAUAUCCCAUUAACUGCUUAAAAUCUACUGUCGGAAAUGUUGCAAGAAGACCCAAGAUUAAGAAUCAAAGCAGUAUUAGCAUUGUAACAUCCUUUUUUUAGAGAAAACUUCAGAAUUAGUACUAGAAACAUAAAUUUGAAUCUAUCUCAUUUUAGAUCUAGUUUUCAUACUUAAACUUCGAAUACAAAACAACAACAUAGUGAUGAUGAAAUUCUUGUAGAUUAUUUCAAUAAUGAAUUACCUCCUAUAAAUCAAAUUCCUGUUUUUUUAAAAUAUCAUAAAAAUGGAUAAAAAAUUACUUAAAAUCAAGAUAAUUAAAAUUCUUAAUCCACCGAUUCUAAAUUUUUGUAUAGAAAUAUCUCAAAAUCAACAGGUUGA